AUGAUUUUUUCUCUUAAUGAUCAAGUAUCAUUUUCAUUGGACUGUUUCCAUUGCAAGGAUUGUGAUCGAGAGACAGCGCUCGUCAAAGAAUGUCACUCAUCCACUUCACAAUGCUACAGUAUUUUAGGACCAAUAACGCGUCGUGGUUGUGCCCACAAAUGCCCAUACAAUUCGGCGAUUUCCGAAGAGGAAUGCCAUUUGUGCAGUGAUGAUUUGUGCAAUCAUCAUCAACAAGAUUUUAAAGUCACUUUUUGCGGAAAUCCAUCAAUCAUCGGGGAAAUCGACAUCGUAGAGGUGAGAAUU